AUGUCUAUAACAACACCUUUGGAUACUAUUGUCGGUAUUAUUAACUCAUUUAUUGAAAUUUCUAGAAGAAAUCAACCAGAAUUUUAUGAAAGUUAUUUUGAACAGCCUUUUUUGGAACAAAGUAGAGACUAUUUUAAAUACGAAGCUGCAAGGUUAUUACAAGAAUUCACAGUGUCUGAGUAUUUGGUUAAAGCAUUGCAAUUCAUCAUUAAAGAAAUGCACUUUAAAAAAUAUCUCCAUGAUAGCACUGGUUACAAAUUACGAAAAAUAUGUAAUCAACAUAUGGUCAUUGAUCAUAUUCUUUUGAUAAAAGAGGAGUUUAUAGAAAUUUUAAAGGAAGAACGACUUGAUGACAUGAAGAACAUUUAUUUGCUUUUAAACAGAAAUAAUCAUGGAUGGAUCUUAAUAACUGACAUUUUUAGACAACACAUUGAACAAAUUGGAAUAAAGGUUAUUAAAUCUUUUGAACAAAAAAAAAAAGCUUGUGGUUACGAGUUUACAAGUAAUUUAUAUAAAAUGAUAACUGAUGUUAGAGUAUCAGAAGGAUUAAAUGCACAAUUUCAAAAUGAAUUUCCUAAAGCAGUUAGUGAUAAAUUAAAUGUCUCUUUUUCUACGUAUGUGUUGAAAUCUGAUGUUUGGCCUUUGAAUUUAUCAACUACAUCAUCAUUUGUUUUACCUAAACAACUGAUACCUUAUACACAAUAUUUCGAAGUGUUGUACAAAGAAAAAUAUAAAGGACGGGCGUUAACAUGGUGUCACCAUCAAUCUCGAGAAAAAACAUAUAUAGUAAAACUACAAACAUUACAAAUGGCAAUACUUUUACUAUUUGAAGACUGUGAUACAUUGAAAUACUCAGAAAUUUACGAUUUACUUCAAGUAACCAAUGACGAAUUUAAAGACCACUUUGAUAGCUUGGUCAAAUAUAAAUUAUUAUUGCUUAAUGGUGAUAAUGUAAAACUGAACAUGGCAUUUACUAAUAGUCAUACAACAUUUCAAGUAAAAUUAGAUGUCCAAAAAGACAGAUUAUUACAGACUAAACAGUCUGUUAAAACUGUCAAUGAUGAUCGUAAAAUAUACUUACAGGCUACUAUUAUCCGAAUAAUGAAAGCAUGUAAAACAUUGAGACAUAAACCACUUGUGGAUGAAGUAAGAGUAAAAGUAUUAGACUAUCAGAUUUAA